AUGCCCCCCAAGAAGGUCAAGGUCGCCCGGGAGGAGCCUGUUUCCCUCGGUCCCCAAGUCGCCGAGGGCGAGCUCGUCUUUGGUGUUGCCCGCAUCUAUGCGUCCUUCAACGACACUUUCGUCCACGUCACCGAUCUCUCCGGCAAGGAGACUAUCUCCCGUGUUACAGGUGGCAUGAAGGUCAAGGCCGAUCGCGACGAGUCUUCCCCCUACGCUGCUAUGCUUGCCGCUCAGGACGUCGCUACUCGUUGCCGCGAGGUCGGUAUUACCGCUCUCCACAUCAAGAUCCGUGCGACUGGCGGUACUGGCACCAAGACCCCAGGCCCCGGUGCGCAGAGCGCUCUUCGUGCCCUCGCUCGUUCAGGCAUGCGUAUUGGGCGUAUCGAGGACGUUACCCCCAUUCCCACCGACUCUACUCGUCGCAAGGGUGGUCGCCGUGGUCGUCGUCUGUGA